AUGUCUGAAUUAGACUGGGACAAACCUCCUUCAGUGGACGAUGGCCGCCCGCGGAAGAAACGCCGCAAGUACAUUGCUAAAGCCUGCAAUGAAUGCAAACGUCGCAAGAUUAAAUGCAAUGGGGAGGCGCCAUGUCAGCGCUGUGGACGCCAGAACAUUGGAUGCAUUUACGUCGAGAAUCCCCAGAGAGACAGCCCGAAUGAACAAGAAAAUUUCGAGCGCCUUUUUGAUCAAAUGAAAGCCAUGCAAGACCAGAUUAGCUUGUUGUCUGCUAGUGUUCGGUCGAUAGCCAGCAACGAACAUUCUCCUACUGGAGGCGUUCCCACAAGCAGUUAUGGACUUGCGCCUACCCAAAGGUCACUCCGGCGUGUAUCCACUGCCAGAGAGACGACAUUUCAAGGCCCGACAACUUCGGCAUUCAGCUUUGACCUGGCCAAGUCCAGUUUGCAGCAGCGCGGGAUUGUUGAACGUGCCGAGGCUCUUGACGAAGCUGAUAUGACGCAGGAACCCUCACCGGUGGCGUCUCCAUCAGCACCAGCCAGGGAACUCGUUACGCACCAGGUACUGGAUCCUCUCUGGACACUACCUAAGACGGAGGCGCUACGUCUUUGCAGAGUCUACGAAGAGGAAAUGGGUAUCAUGUAUCCAGUGUUGGAGCUCCCGGAGCUUUUGGACCAGGUGCAUCUACUGUACGGCCCAAUGGAUCGCGCCCUUAGUACGGCUCUUCAGCCCGAUGGAAAAAAUGGCGUGGAUAGUGAAGAUGUCCAUAUUCUCCGCCUUGUGUUUGCUUGUGCUUUGACAGCAGAGGCUAGUGGUCGCAGUGAGCAGGCUAUUGCACUCUUUGAUAGUGUGCGAGAAGUCCAAGACAAUUGUGUCUGGGGUCCGCCUGAGAUCAAGAGUAUCAUCUUCUUGACUCUUGUGUCAAUAUUCUAUUUCCAGAUGGACGAGGAAACAUUAGCGUGGCGCACCAUUGGUAUCGUCGAGCGCAUGUGUCUAGAGAAAGGUCUUCACAGACGUGAGACACUUAACCAACCAGCUAUUAUGGCCGCGGGAAAGGAACGCGUCCUCCGUCUCUUUUGGUCUAUCUACAUUCUGGACAUGCGUUGGAGCUUUGGAACCGGCAUGCCAUUCUCUCUGGAAGAUACAGAUAUUGACCCAUGGCUGCCAGAGCCCGCCGAGAAGACUCCCUACCUGCGCGUCAUGAUUCGAUAUAGCCGCAUCGCAGCCAAAGUGUGGAAGUUUAUUUCGGCUUUCAACAAUACCAACGAGAUCAAAAAAGACGAAAUGAACUAUCUGGACUGGCAAGUUCUGAGCUGGGUGCAUGCUAUCCCUGACGCAUUGCGACUGGAUCAUCCAAGCUCCGCGGAAUCCGCGUCUGCCACUAAUGGUUCACGAAGCCUGCGGCGACUCCGUGCCUUGCUUUAUCUUCGUGCUAACCAGCUACGGAUGCUCAUUCAUCGCCCUGUUCUUCAUACUGCAGCACAUAUUGUACGGUAUCCGGCUGAGUCUGAGACCGUGGUGGAAAUUGCCAAAGACACAAUUCGCUUCAUCACUCGCCUGAAUGAAACCUCUGAUAUCUACCAGUUGCAACAAGUUGCAUUCAACUGGUUUCUAGUCUCAGCCCUUGCAGUUCUUUUCCUAGCAGUGGCCCAGGCUCCAACCCAAUUCAGUGGUUCGUGUAAGGAGGAGUUCUUCUGGGCCUUGGAGCUGGUCAAGGGAUUCUCAGCUCAAUCAUACAUCUCCCGCCGACUGUGGAAUUCGAUUCGAAGUCUUCGCAAGCUUGGCCCUCAACUGGGACUGGGCGCGCAAAAGCAGCGACUGGAUGUUCACGCUGCCACAGAAGCGAAUGAUCCCUACAAUGCGAACCCUUCACCCGCUCAGGCUCCGACCGUGAGCACACAUAGCCAGACUCCAUUAGACGGUGCACAGAUGACACAGGAGCUUAUGGAAUGGUUUGAAGCAGUGGGAAACCUUGAGGAUCAGAUCAUGGGAAUGGGAACUGGUCCUGUGCCAGAUGGAGGCCCUUACCAGCCGACGGCUAACGGGGGAUUCGUGUUUGACUACGGUGAAGAGUUGUCAAGUGUGAUGAAGGAUUGUUUCUGA